AUGACCGUCAAAGUCUAUAUUGUUUACUACGCAAUGCAUGGAAAUGAAGAAAGACUGGCAAAGGAAGUGGAAAAAGGUGCUAACUCUGUAGAAGGUGUUGAGGGCAAACUAUGGCAGGUACCGGAGACACUAUCAGCCGAGGAACUUGCUAAGCUGGGUGAACCAACCAAGGCUAAGAGUGAUGUACCAAUCAUUACCCCAAAUGAGCUCUCUAAGGCUGAUGGUUUUUUCUUUGGUUUCCCAAUAAUAUUUGGAAAGAUGGCUUCUCAGUUUAAGGCUUUUAUAGAUGAAACCGGAGAUCUAUGGAAAGCAGAAGAACUUGCAGCCAAGCCUGCUGGGAUCCUCAUCACCACCUGUUGCCAAGGUGGUGGAAAAGAGAUAGUACAUACUGCAAUCACUCAGCUGGAAAAGCAUAGAAUGAUAUAUGUUUCAACAGAAAUUGGAUACAUAUACUGUACUGGCAUGGUCAAGGAGAACGAGGUGGAAGAGAAAGGUGAAGGUACGUAUGGUGCAGGAACUUAUAAUGGAAGGGUGACGAAUAGGUCAGAGUUGGCGGAUGCAUUCCAACGAGGGGUUUGUAUUGCCGUCAUCACAAAGAUGUUCAAGGAAGCUGCUGCAUAA